AUGAAAGUAGGCGGGAAUCCGAUGCAACUCGCUCUCAUCGACGCAGUUACUCACGUAGUCACAGUCGCAGUUCUUCGCCGUCCUACGGCCGCAGUCGCUCAAGGUCAACGGAAAGCUAUCACGAACGAAGGCAUCGCCGUCAAAGGCGAAGGCUCAAAAGUCGAAGUGGGAGUCGCUCUGUCAGCACAAGCGAUUCACGCUCGUCCUCGUGUUCAAGUUCACGUAUGGAUUGUCGGUGAAAAGCCAAAGGAUCUUACUUUCCAUAUUUGUGACAUCUGUGAUAAGCCUAUCAUCGUUUAUGGUCGUUUGAAGCCCUGCAACCACGUGUUUUGCUUCACCUGCGCCUCUACCCUACCCGGCACCUGUCACAGUUGUGUGGCGAAGGUGGGAAUCGCUCCUACAUAUGCACACGAUACCACAGAUGCCAAUGAUUGUGUCGAGGCGAACAAACAGGCCGCGAUGGGUCUUUCUGGCGCACGUGCUGCCGUUGGCAUUCGUCCGUGUGCAAAUAGACACCCUCUUGUCGAGUGUCUGGACGACUCGGAUUCGGCUGAGUCACCCCAGUUUGUUUAUGCAUCUAUCCGGCGUCUUUUUCCACAUCGGCCCGCGAUUUUCUGGUGCAAAAAGGCCUACACCUCAUGUGAUCGUUGUAUGCUCGGUGGUAUCUUCCAAUGCGCAGAAGGGACGGUCUGUCGCCGCACGUACCUGAGUCAACGGGACCUCCAGGCUCACAUUGAUCACCGCCACAAGCCGAAGGCUGCCCCGGCUUCAGUCCCCACCACUAAACCCACUCACGCUCCUGUCAUCUUCCCAACACAGCCACCGCCCUUCCUUGUGCCACCCCCCGCCAACUUCAGUGUACCGCCGCCGCCUUUGUUGUCCGCACACCCCCCGGCCGUCACCAACGCUUCGCUGCUGAGCCCGCAGCCUCCGCCCAGCAAUGCGCUCUUGGAGGCGCCCUCGCCUCAGCCGAGUGCUGUCGCCGCGGCCAAUCCGGCUGCGACCAUUGCCGCCCUGGCCGCAGCCAUUCAGGCCAAUUCCUCACCAGGGUUACCCGUGAGCUCUGUUUGGAAUAAAUAG